CGAGAAACCCCCGCUGUGGUGAAAGACUGCUGCGAGGUCGGUGCGAACAUGGUCAAGGUCUUCGUGGGCGUCACCUGCUGUCUGAUGGCGCUUAAGAUCAUGAGCAUGAUCCUGUAUGUUCAUGUGUCGUUCACGUAUGCAGCCAUCUACGUGGUGCUCACCGCACUCAUGCUCGUGAGCUACGCGGGCACGGUGUUCGUCUCACCGUCGUUUCCAGUCUCAAUCCUUGACGACGACAACGAUGCAACAGCAUCCGACGCAGAGAACGGCGAGAAAAAUGCAAGGUAUUGUGAGAAAUGCGACCGCGUCAAGCCCGACGGGUUCCACCACUGCUCCGUGUGCGGUCGAUGCAUCUCGCACAUGGACCACCAUUGUCCAUGGACCGGCAACUGCGUCGGUCUCCGCACGAAGAAGCUCUUUGUGCUUUUCCUCUUUUACACUUCCGUUGCGUGCCUCUGGUUUGCCUACUGCGCACUCCGCGUUCCUCCCACGAGGUCGGUGCUGAGCGUCACCGUCGGCUUGGCUAUCGUAGUGGGGUGCCUCCUCUUUGGCUACUUUUGCUUCCAUUUGUAUCUUCUUCGCCAGGGCCGCACAACCCUCGACUUUAUGGCGCGGCGGCGAGGCAAUACUGUGGGUUUCCGCAGCAACCUCCUCUUGUACUUUGGUCCGAAUUGGUGGGCCUAUGCCUUGCCAGUCGUCCCCAUGUACCUCUGGCACCCCUCAACUGUAGAUGCCUCAACACCAUUAAAGUAGACCUGUUCGACUCGUGCGAUAUUUUGCAACACGAACCGAGAUUUGACAGGUCAUGCCACGUGGUCACCGAUCUG